AUGGAGCUAAGACAGUCGAAACGCGCGCGUAUAGAUACACCGUCAGAGGACGGAGACGAGCGCGAAGCGAGCGACGAGCACGAGGAGCUGGUGGGCGAGGACGAUGCGGCGGACGCGGCAGACGAGACCGUGAUCGAGACGGCCGAGCACGAGGGUACUGCCACAGACGAAGCUGGCUCUCCCAUGGAUGUCCAUUCUGCGACUGCUCCGCUUGCCAACGGGACGCACGGCGCGUCCCACGCCGAGGCAAGCGAGCCCAACACGCCUUCGCCGACACGCCCGCUUGAUACCCACUCCGAUACCCUCGAUACCCUACAGAGUGCGUCGAUGGGCGUGAUUGAGCGGGUGGACAUGAUCAACUUCAUGUGCCAUCGCAAUCUGAGCAUCGAUCUCGGCCCCCGCAUCAACUUUAUUAUCGGCCACAACGGCAGCGGCAAGAGCGCGAUCCUCACGGCGAUCACCAUUGCGCUCGGCGGUAAAGCGAGUACUACGAGCCGCGGCAGCAGCGUCAAGGACUUUAUCCGCGAAGGCGCGAGCGCCGCCGAGGUGCGCGUGCACAUCCGCAAUCGCGGCCGCGACGCGUUCCGCCCUGAUACCUACGGCGAGCGCAUCACGGUCGAGCGGCGCAUCAAUGCGGACGGCAACGGAACGUGGAAGAUCCGCGCAGACAAUGGCAAGACCAUCUCGAACAAGCGCGAAGAACUCGACGCGAUCUGCGACCAUGCGAAUAUCCAGGUCGACAAUCCGAUGAAUAUCCUCACGCAAGACGCCGCACGCCAGUUUCUCGGAAGCGCACAGGCCGAGGACAAGUACAGCUUCUUUCUCCGUGGCACACAGCUCACGCAGCUCGCGCAAGAGUACGAGCUGAUCCAGACGAAUAUUCAGCGCAUGAAACGCGCCAUGGCCACGACCGAAGACGUGCUUCCGGAUCUGGAGCGCGCCGCACGCGAGGCCAAUGCCAAGUGGCAGCUCGUCGAGCAGGCGCGUGCCGAGCAGGAAAAGCUCAACAGCCUCAAGGACGAGCUGGUCUGGAGCCAAGUCAUUACCAAGGAGCAGGAGCUGGCGACGGCCGUCGAGAGCCUCGAGCGUGCGCGCUCCAAGCUCGGCGCGCUCCAGCGCAAGAGCGCCGACGACCAGGCGCGUGCAGAGGCGCUCGACGAGCGCAUCACCUCGAUGGAGCAGCGCAGCGGCGAGUGCAACGACCGCGAGCGGACGCUGCACGAGCAGCGCGCGACCGAGGUCCAGGCCAUCAAGGAGCGGCGCGCUGCCCUUGCUGCGAUCAAAGGGCAGGAGAAAGAGGUAAGCCAGCAGGCCGACCGCGUGCAGCACACCAUCCACCACUUUCAAGAGCAGAUCGACGCCGAGGCACGCAAGCUCGCACAGGACCACCGCGCGGUGCGCGAGGAGCAGGAAGCACGGCGCGACUCGCUGAACCAGCAGCGCCUCGAUAGCGAGAUGGAGCAGGUGGCGCUCACCGAGCGCCUCGACGAGAUGCGGACGCAGCAAUCGUCGCUCGACGACGAGCGCAGCGCGCUGCAUGCGGAGCGCAACACGCUCGAGGAAAAGAUCUCGCACCUCGAGCACUUUGUGCGCCGCUGCGAGGACGCCGCGUCGAACCGCGUCACGGCGUUUGGCGGGCGCAACAUGCCGCGCGUCCUCGCCGCGAUCCAGCGCGAGCGCUGGCAACACCCUCCGGUCGGCCCGAUCGGCCUGCACAUGCGCCUCAAGGACGCGCGGUGGGCGCCGGUAGUCGAGUCGGUGCUCAAUGACCACCUGAAUGCGUUUUGCGUGACGAAUCACGCGGACCGUGCGCGGCUGACUGCGCUGCUGCAGCAGCACGACGUGCGUGUCCAAAUCUUUACCGCGGCGCCCGACCUAUUCGACUACGCGCACGGCGAACCGUCCGAGUCGAUCUUGACCGUGCUGCGUGCGCUCGAGAUCGAUGAUCCUCACAUUACGCGUGCGCUCAUCACCAGUGCGGACAUUGAAAAGUGUGCGCUGGUGCGCGAGCGUGCGGACGGCGACCGGUUGCUACGCACCUCGCCCAGAAACGUGCUGCGGUGCUUCUCCAUGGACCUCUUUCGGAUCACGGGCGGCCCGACCGGGAGCUCGACACAGACACUGAACAAGGCGCAAGGCGCGCCACGGUUCGUGACCGAUACGCGUGCGCAGGUCGCCGAGGCGCAGCGCUCCUUGGGCGAGUACCGUGCGUCGCUCGAGCGCAUCGAGCAGUCGCUCCGGGCGCUCGCCCGGCGCGAGGACGCAAGCCGUGCCGAGGUGCGGCGUGCCGAGCGUGAUCUCCAGCAGAUGCGGCAGGACCACCGCGAGCUGCGGCAGCAGAUUGCCCAGGUCGAGGACGAGAUGCGCGAAGACGAGCCUGCGAAUGUCGCAGCCCUUGAGGAGGCGCGCAACGACGCCGAGGAAGAGAUGGCGCGCAUCGUCGACCAAUUCAAAGGCCUCGAGAGCCAAAAAGAGGCCGAAGAGGCGGCGCUUGCGCCCCACACGGCACGCGCCGACGCGCUGCGCGAGCAGAUCGAGAUCCUCGAGUCGGAGCGCCAGGCGAUCCAGAGCGAGCUGCAGACCGUAUUUUCGGAGCGCGUCAAGCUGCGCAAGAACGCCGAGUACUGGGCGGCGCAGAUUGCGGCGCAGGAGUCGACCAUCGCCACGAACCAGGCGAGCGAGACGGAGCUUGCGCAGCAGAUCGACGAGUGGACCGCCCAGGCGCUCGAGUAUUGCCCCCGCGUCGAGACGCGCCGCAGCGCCGAGAGCGUCGAGCGGCAGAUCAAUGCGAUCGAGGCGCAGCUCGCGGCGGCCGACCGCGAGUCGGGUCUGCAGCUCGAGGCGGUUGUGCGUGAGCUACGAGCCAAGAACAAGGCGUUCCAGGAAGCCAAGGCGCACCUCGAUAGCACGCGCUCCACGAUCCAGAUUCUGGAAAAGGCGAUCCAGCUGCGCCUCGAAAAGUGGCACUACUUUCGGCGGCAUGUUGCGAUCCGUGCGCGGACCAACUUUUCGAUGCACUUGCAGAACCGUGGCUUUUCCGGCUCGCUGCACUUUGACCACAAUGCGCAGACGCUCAAGCUGCGCGUGCAGACCGGCGACGCGGGCCACGGUCACGACAAGGACCCGAAAGCGCUGUCGGGCGGCGAAAAGAGCUUCUCGACCAUCUGCCUGCUCCUCUCGCUGUGGGAGGCAAUUGGCUGCCCGAUCCGGUGCCUCGACGAGUUUGACGUGUUUAUGGAUGCGGUGAACCGCAAAGUCUCGAUGAAGAUGAUUAUCGACGCAGCGAAGGCGUCGCUCGGCGUGCAGUACGUGCUCAUCACGCCGCAAAACAUGACGGCCGCCGCCCUCGGCCCGUACGUACCCCUACUGACCCAGUGA